AUGGUAGUCCUCUCCCAACUGCACAAGCCAGGCAAAGUCACACCUGAUUAAUGGAGACACAGAAUCACUUACAAUCAUUAUUGAUAGAAUUCUCUGUUGAUCACUGUUGGAAAGCUAGAAUUAGUCUUAUCCCAAUAAGUAGGAAUAAUUUGAGUUUGUUAGGUUGAAUUAUUAGGGGAUAAGAUUGUUGUAUCAUCUCAUAACUUAGUUUCCUGGUUUUGGGGUUUUGUUAGGAUUUAGAAUCCUUUUGGUAGUGAUUUGAAAAAGUGUUUUUAAUAUUUUAAUACUUAAAAAUUUGUAUCAUUCAUGUGUUAGAAAUGUUAGAAAUGUUUUCUAAAAUUACUACCGCAUUCUUAGAGUGCAGUCAUUUUAGGAAGUGAAAUGAAUACUUCCGGAGGUUGUACAAGCUUCGGUGGUCCACGCAACAAGUUCAGAUUCGUCUCAUCAACAAUGGACCAUUCAAAAAUUGAAUGGCAAAAACUACACUCAGUGGUCCCGGUCUGCAAUCAUCUCCAUCAGGGGUAGAGGAAAAAUCGGGUAUAUUACUGGAAGUGUCAAGGAACCGAGGAAGGAAGAUGAGUAUCAGCACCAUACUUGGGAAACUGAUAAUUCCCUUGUGCCUACCUUUCUCUUCCACAGAACGGCAAAGGGGCUAUGGGAUGCAGUGAAGGAAAUGUACUCGGAUCUGGAGAACUCUGCAGAAGUUUUCGAACUCAAAUCCAAAGUACGAGAUCUUCGGCAAGGCACAUGGGGGUCACUCAAUAUUACAGCCUGUUAUCAGAGCUUUGGCAAGAACUCGUUAUGUUGGAUACCCUCAUGUGGAAGUGUGCUGACGAUGGCCUGCAGUAUCGGAAAAGCAUUGAAAAAGAGGGGGCGUUUGAUUUUCUUGCAGGAUUGAAUAAAAGUCUGGAUGAUGUUCGUGGUCACUUGAUUAGCCAGAAGCCGUUCCCUUCCAUCCGAGUGAUCUUUGCCGACGUCAGAAGAGAGGAAAGUCGGAGAAGAGUUAUGGUGGGAGAUUCUGGAAGACAGAACAAUACUCCAGUGGAGCCAUUAGCCUUGGCAGUCAAAAAUCCUGAUAAUGCUGGCAACCAGAGACGGGAAGGGAAGCAAUGGUGUGUUUACUGCCGUCUUACAAAUCACACCAGAGAGAACUACUGGAAGCUACACGGCAGACCUCCAAACUGGCGCAGCAAUAAGCAAUCCGAAAGAGCUCCACAAACUGCAGCUGCAGUAGAAAAUCCCCAAAAUUCCCGAGUAGAUCUAGCAGGUUUCAACAAAUAUCAUAUUGAGCAAUGGUGGAAAUUGUUUAAUCAAUCCCAAAACACGUCCAGUGAUAUUCCUUCCUGAACUAUUGCUCAAAAAGGAUCCACAUUCAGGGAAGAUGAUUUGCAAUGACAAGGAACUUGAGGGACUUUACAUGUCUGAAGAUGAAAUAAGCAUUUGUGGGCAUGCAAGAGUACAAAGUUUAGAUGUUAUCAAGGCUAAUGAUGAUGAAAUAAUGUUGCAGCACCUUAGGUUAGGUCACCCAAGUUUCCGGUACCUUAAACAUUUCUUCCCAUCUUUGUUUUCUAGUAAAAGUGUGGAUUUCGGUUAA